AUGAGGAUUCUACGGAUCUCCGGCGGGAUCCUAGCAUUCGAUCCGUUAGGAGCGGCCUACGGCGACCGAUCUCCUAGCGUUGAUGAAUCUGGUGCGCGACUAGGACCAAGAUAUCCUAGACUUUCACGAUGCAUUGGCGCCGCUGCUCAGCUAUUCUCUGAUCCGACUAGAAAUAAACGAACGGUUGUUCGAUAUGUACCGCUUGGUAUAGUUAUCGGUCCGGGCGUGGCUAGACAUACACCAGCAGCUUUACGGCUAGCAGGCCAAAUCACGAGGGAUUAUGGCACGUGCAUUUCUAGAUAG